CAGAGUUCAUAAAUUAUAUUUCACCAUCUAUUUUUUUAAAUACUACUUCAAAAUAUCUAAAAAUUCCACCCAACAAAAUUAGGGAAUGAAUUCGCUUUCUAUUUGAGUAACGAUUCCCCACAAAUAGUAGCACACAUUCACUUAGCUUUGCAAGUAUAAGGCGAACCACAUUCCUUCACAUUCUCCACCUUUGAAUGUCUAGUCUACCAUGGACUCCCCAAACCAACAAAUCCCAAAUCGCCAAACCACUGAAAUUUCACCUGAAACCACCUCAAAUAUUUCUCCAACAAUAAUCAUAGGCAAAGUUAGAAACAAUCUGGCGUUUAGAUCCAAAUGGGCUGAAGUAAAUGGUGCAAUGGGGGACUUGGGCACUUAUAUUCCUAUAGUUUUGGCCUUGACACUAGCCAAGGAUCUUAACUUAGGCACCACAUUGAUAUUCACUGGUAUCUACAACAUUGUCACUGGCGCCAUAUAUGGCGUCCCAAUGCCAGUUCAGCCCAUGAAAUCAAUUGCGGCUGUGGCCAUAUCAAAUGGUUCAGAUUUUAGUAUCCCAGAAAUUAUGGCAGCCGGGAUUUGUACCGGUGGGAUUUUGUUGGUUUUAGGAGUCACAGGCUUGAUGCAACUAGCUUACAAGGUUAUUCCUUUACCUGUUGUUAGAGGAAUUCAACUCUCACAGGGGCUUUCAUUUGCUAUGAGUGCUGUUAAGUAUAUAACAAAAGUUCAAGAUUUUUCCAAGUCAAAAUCUAAAGGGGAUAGGCAUUGGUUGGGGUUGGAUGGGCUGGUUUUGGCAAUUGUAUGUGCUUGUUUUAUAAUAAUUGUUAAUGGUGCAGGUGAGGAAAGUGAUGAUGAAAGAGAAAGUAAUGAUCUUGAAGAGAGGCCAAGGCCAAGGAGGAGAAAGUUGAGGAAAGUUAUAGCUUCACUACCUUCUGCUUUUAUUGUAUUUUUGUUGGGUGUGGUUUUGGCAUUUAUAAGAAGGCCUGAGGUGGUGAAAGAUAUUAAAUUUGGACCAUCUUCAAUUGAAGUUGUGAAAAUAACCAAGCAUGCAUGGAAACAAGGAUUCAUCAAGGGGACUAUCCCUCAACUCCCUUUAUCAGUAUUAAACUCAGUGAUUGCUGUAUGCAAAUUGUCAUCUGAUCUUUUUCCAGGAAAGGACUUUUCCGCCACUUCGGUUUCAGUGACGGUAGGGCUAAUGAACUUAGGAGGGUGUUGGUUUGGAGCCAUGCCAUGUUGCCAUGGCGCCGGAGGACUAGCUGGGCAGUACAAAUUUGGAGGAAGAAGCGGCGGGUGUGUGGCACUUCUCGGUGCAGCCAAAUUGGUGAUGGGCUUGGUUUUGGGAAGUUCAUUGGUAAUGAUUUUGGAUCAAUUUCCUGUUGGGGUAUUGGGAGUUCUACUCUUGUUUGCAGGGAUUGAACUAGCUAUGGCUUCCAGGGAUAUGAAUUCAAAAGAGGAAUGUUUUGUUAUGCUUAUAUCCACAGCUGUUUCACUAGUGGGCUCCGGUGCAGCACUUGGCUUUGUGUGUGGGAUUGUUGUGCAUGUGCUUCUUGAGCUCAGAAGGUUCAGUGGAGAUCAGUCUUGUUCUACUAUACGGAUUCGUGGAACUCCAUAGUAAAAUCCCAGAACUGUUCUGAGUUGUUUUAAAGUGUUCAUGGCUGCUAUUUGUUUGUACUGUUGCUGUAUGGAUAA